UGAAUACAUUAAAAUAUUUUCUCGGUAACUUUUUGUCUCGUACAUAUCUUCGAUUUUCGGCUUAUGACUUGGAGAAUGGAAUGGACACUUACACUACUUUUUAAUACAAAAGAUAAUCAAGAAGAGACUUGGGAUCCCAUUCCAUCAAAAUUUUUGAGGUUCGAGAUAAUGUAUGAUUUCUCUUACUCAACUGACUGACUGACCUUGCCUUUGUAGAAAUCUUUGCUUACUCUGUUCCUGGUCUUCUUUACCUCUACUCUGCUUUUAGAUAAGCAUUGAGAAAAACAUCUGUGAGAAUUUUUCUGAAGAUUUUGCCACAAUUGAGGACCCUUUUGAUGGAAGUUUCAGAGAUCAAAAUCAAGGCUCAUCGCCUAGCAAUAACGAUAUGCUGUUCGUAAUAUCUGUAUAGGUUCUUGAAUCAAAAGAAGCUGUUUUUAAUAGAGGCAUUAAUCACUCUGGAAACUUAUCCGGAAAAGAAGAAGCUUUCUUGAUGCAAGCAUCGCAACGGCCUAGAAGAGAACAAAUGUCAAAUACUUGGUGCUUAAAUCAGCCUUUCCAGAAGGUGGAGGCUUUUCUCGCGCCUCGAAUUCGAGCUUUAGAACCCCAGUUGAGCUACAGCAAUAGCAUCUAUGGGUCUAGUUGCCACCCCAUUCAGGUUUCUUCGGACCGGUAUUGCACUCUGGAGUCAUCAUCCCCGGUGGCAGUGAGUAACACUAUGGCCAACUCCCCUUCAGUUGCCAGUUUUUCGCCAAAUGGAAGUCCUGUGUCCCAGCAAGCAUCUCAAUCUCUUCCAGCAGAUUUAGUUCAUUCCCCGGACACUAACCGUGGCUCUUCAAUAAGUGAGUCUUGCAUUACAGAUGAUGUAAGUUUCUUGAUUAAGGACAAACUAAGGGAAUUAGAAUCUGCGAUGCUUGGACCUGAAACUGACUGUUCUGUGAUUUGUGACAACACAUUAUCGAUUAGUCUAGCUUCAACUGAAAACAGUUGGAGGCAAAUGUUUGAGGCUAUUCCGGGAGGGGACCUGAAGCAGGUUCUUGUUGCCUGUGCAAAAGCAGUAUCAGAAAACGAUACAUUGACAUCAGACUGUUUGAUGUCUGAUUUACGCAAAAUGGUAUCAGUUUCAGGGGAGCCAAUUCAGCGGCUAGGCGCCUACAUGUUGGAAGGGCUUGUUGCAAAAUCGGCUGCUUCAGGAAGUUCCAUCUGCAAAUCAUUGAGAUCCAAAGAGCCAGCAGGCUUCGAGCUGCUUUCAUACAUGCAAAUUCUUCAUGAAGUUUGUCCUUACUUCAAGUUCGGCUAUAUGUCAGCUAAUGGUGCUAUUGCAGAAGCAAUGAAGGAUGAAAAUAGAGUUCAUAUCAUUGAUUUCCAAAUCGCUCAAGGGAACCAAUGGGUGACGCUAAUCCAAGCUUUUGCAGCCAGGCCAGGAGGGCCUCCCCACAUUCGCAUUACAGGUAUUGAUGAUCCCACAUCUGCAUAUGCACGUGGGGGAGGACUGAGUAUCGUUGGGAAGAGGCUAUCUAGGCUUGCUGAGUCAUUCAAAGUGCCAUUUGAAUUUCAUGCUGCACUCAUGUCUAGCAAUGAAGUUCAGCAUGAAAAUCUUGGAAUUCAAUCAGGAGAAGCACUAGCAGUGAAUUUUGCAUUUGUAUUACACCAUAUGCCUGACGAAAGUGUCACCACAGAAAAUCACCGGGAUCGUCUGUUAAGGUUGGUGAAGAGCUUGAACCCAAAGGUGGUGACCCUAGUUGAGCAUGAGUCAAAUACAAACACUGCCCCAUUUUUCCCUCGUUUCCUUGAAACUUUGGACUACUAUAGCGCUAUGUUCGAAUCCAUUGAUGUUAAUCUUCCAAGAGAGCACAAGGAGCGAAUAAACAUUGAGCAGCACUGUUUGGCAAGAGAUGUGGUUAACAUAAUAGCUUGUGAGGGACCUGAAAGAGUGGAAAGACAUGAACUACUUGGGAAAUGGAAAUCCCGGUUCAGAAUGGCUGGUUUCAGACCUUACCCUUUGAGUUCUUUGGUUAAUGCCACCAUCAAAAGAUUGCUCGAGAACUACUGCAAAAAAUACAGGGUUGAAGAAAGAGAUGAAGCCCUCUACCUUGGUUGGAUGGACAGAGAUUUGGUUGCUUCUUGUGCCUGGCAGUGAACUUGGAUCAAGUUUCUGUCGAUAAUUUUGUGCUUGUUCACCGUGGUUGAUCUUUCUCUAAGGUCGAGCGCUUGCCCCGCUCUGAACCAUCGUAGUUGAUGGUAGAUUGAUUCUUAUCUCUGUCAAAGCAUUGAUAAGAUCAAUGCCGAGCGUACUGAUGCACAUUUCAGAGGCUUGUCAAUUGUAAAAGGCACAUUAACCAAAGUGAAAGUGGAUUUUGGAAAUUAUCAAUGUGUCUUUUUGCUCCUUUUUAACUUCCAUCAAACUAAUUUGAAGCCACCAUAAGCAACCUACUUGAAUUUUAAAUCUUAAUCUUAAAGACAGAAAACUGGUACUCCCAAAACUCCAAGAUAGGAGACAACCUUAUUUGGAUCAUGAAAAGAAAGUGUGACUGGAUGGAUAAUAAAACAACUGAACAAUCUGUUUAAGAUAUACACUCUAUCAUCUGUUAAAACACUUUUGUACAUCAACACAUAAUCAUCAAUUGGCCUAUAAACUUGUUAAAUUAGUGGCCUCAACAAUAGGCAUAAAUGUACCUCUUCCUACACAAGCCUACCAUAUCGACGAUUCCAGCAGCAGGUAAGCAGAUCUAAAACUCGUGUUUAUGAAAUGCAACGGAAGAAGAUAACAGGUAAGAUCUUUAAACAAAGGCGGUGCCCUUGAUCAAGUUGCACCGAUAUGUACAGUCAUCUCCAUGCCAACAGUGUUUUGUUCCCCAAGAUCGGUUCUACUUUCACUGUUCCUGGUUGUUGCUCCAUUACUACCACUUUGGGGUGUAAUUUGGCCAAAAGCCCUGGAAGUAGGCAUAUCAUGAUCAUGGUUUCCUUCAUAUGUAGUAAUAACUACUUUCGGAUCAUGAGACGCCCUUUCGACGUGUUUCUUCACGGAGCAACCAGCAUUUGAGCACCUGUAAUAACUCCU